ACCAAUAUGUCUGCGCCCGUUAUUCGAAUUGUUUAAAGGGAAAAACGCAUUUCUUUCAUAGUAUCGGCUAAUUGCGGAAAAUUCUCUAUCUGAAAAUUUGACCAUCAUUGGACAUUUUUUUGCUUUGUCAAAUGAAACUGAUACCUUAGCAUGUCAUCAACGUGAAAAUUUAUAAGACCAAUAAAUAUAUUGGGGUUAAAUGGCAAAACCAGUAUAACGAGCGUUCCGUAUUUUAACCUUUACACCGUUUAAUAAACGUGACAGUGUACACAUACCAGUCUACUGAGAAACUUUGACGGACCAUAUGGACGUUAUUUAGUCUUAAUUUAGAUUAAUCAAAUCAUAUUUUUGAGUUGUAAGUUGAUUCAAAGUUGCCAUGUCACACAUCAGAAAAUGCAGUUGCAGCAUAAAAACUUUCAGAAAUUUGUCAACAUUAGCCACAUUUCAGGCAAGGAAUAACAAGUCAAGAUGGGGAGUGAUGUUAACUGCAGCAGGAUUGUCCACUGUUGGUAUUAUAGCAACUCACUAUAGGAAGAAUAAAUUGCUUGCAGCAACCUUGAUGGGUACACAUGGCUGGAUGGCAGAGCCUGUCACAGACCCGAAAGAGAUGCAAAAGCACUCUGACACCAUGAGAAUUAAAAUGGAAAUAAUGAUAAUGGACAUUCAGGCAGAAUUUUGCAAAGCCCUAGAAGCUGAGGAGGGUGGUAAAAAAUUCAUAGUUGAUAAAUGGCAAAGAAAAGAGGGAGGUGGAGGUAUCACCUGUGUGAUGCAGGAUGGUGAAGUGUUUGAGAAGGCAGGGGUGAACAUUUCUGUUGUCAUGGGCAACCUUCCUCCAGCGGCUGUACAACAAAUGAAGUCAAGAGGGAAAAGUCUAGAAGGAAAGACUCUGCCAUUCUUUGCUACUGGAGUGAGCUCUGUUAUACAUCCUAAAAAUCCAAAUGUUCCAACCAUACAUUUCAACUACCGUUAUUUUGAAGUAACAGAUGAAACUGGAAUGAAACACUGGUGGUUUGGUGGUGGCACUGAUCUUACACCAUACUUUCUUGAUGAAGAGGAUAUUACACAUUUCCAUAAGACCUUGAAGACUGCCUGCGAUAAACAUAACAAAAGCUAUUAUCCGAGGUUCAAGAAAUGGUGUGAUGAUUAUUUCUACAUUAAACAUAGAGGUCAGUCUCGCGGUGUUGGUGGUAUUUUCUUUGAUGAUUUGGAUGACGGCUCUGCUGAAGAUACUUUUAAAUUUGUUUCUACCUGCGCAUCAUCAGUCAUGCCUUCAUACAUUCCAUUGGUGAAGAAAAACAAAAAUAAAGGGUACUCCUACAAGAAUAGGAGAUGGCAGCUUCUUCGCAGAGGUUAUUAUGCAGAGUUCAACUUGGUGUAUGACAGGGGAACGAAGUUCGGACUUCAGACGCCUGGUGCGAGAAUAGAAAGUAUUAUGAUGUCUCUACCACUGAAUGCUAGUUGGGAAUACUGUCAUAAGAUAGAACCAGGAUCCCCUGAACAGAAGUUAACAGACGUUCUAAAGAACCCAAAGGACUGGGUUUGAACCAAAAGUGUUCAUUACACAACAGCAUUUACCUUGCAUUUAAAACUGCCAUGAUUAUAUUCAAAUCUACCUUUUCUUUUCUUCAUUUUUAUUUUUGAUUAAGAAAGUCUCAGUCAUGUGUUUAGAUUUAUAAGAAAAGGAAUUAUAUAAGAUUUAGACGCUUAUAAGAAAAUAUUUAACAAUUCAAACAGCCAAAAGAAGGUAGGAAGAACCCACUAGCUGUUGAAAGUGUUUUUCUUAUCAGUGUCUGACUUAGUCAUUGACCUACUUUUCAAGAUGUUAUAUUAUCUUAUUAGAAGGUAUAUUAUCCAAAUAGGUGUGACUUUAAAUGAUAAACUGGUCAAAGUUUAAUGUAAGUAGACAGAAAAUUUCAUAUUUAGAGCAUCUCAUUUGUCGAAGAAGUAGGACAUAGAGGUGAUCAGUUAUUUUAGAUUGUAUCUUUGGACACACUGUAUUUUUCGAGAGAAUUUUUGUUUUGCUAUUAUAAACAAGAUACCAGGAGCAUCAGUCUUAUUUGAAUGUUUUUACAUGAACAUGUUUGUUAUUUGACUAAAUUUGAAUAGGACUCAAAUUUUCUGUAAAAGAUUAUUUAUAUUCACCUGUUAGUUGUAUUCAGCUCUUAAAUCUAUUUUUGUGCAUUAAUUUUUUCUUAAAUCCUCUUUAAACUUUUCUCCUUUAAUUGUUGCAGGCUUUUAUUGUCCCUAUCUAUCCAUAUCAAUUUUUUAAAUAUAAUAAAGAGAUGUAAAUUGAUUCAUUUCUUCUUAAAUUACAGUUAGGUUUUUCCUGUUAUGUUUUGUAUUAGGCCUAUAAGUUUUUCUUUUUUAAGGGUCAUAGAAAAAUGUCCUUCGUACUUUUGACAAGAUAUUUAUUGGCAGCAUGUCAUUCUCGUUACUACAAUUGCCCCUUUGACCUAAUUUAAGCAUGACAGCAAACGUUUCCAAGUGAAUGGAAUGACGGUUAAGAGAUUUAGUGCCAUACUGUUAUACUUGAACUGUAAGGUUUUUGAGUCAUGACAAUAUUUCAUUGAACUCUUUAUAUAUGACUUCUUUUUAUUUUUUUUUUGUUUACUUAGGUACCCACUUGUGCAUGAAAUACAAAUGCAAUGCAUGGAGGGGCACUUGAGGUCUUCCUCCACCAGUAAUGCUGGAAAGUGGCCAUAUGAUCAUUAUAGUUUAGGUGUGACUUAAAAACUCAGGAAAAAAAUGUUAAAAAAAUAAAUAUGUAGGUUUUUUUCUUCAUUUAUUAUGAUGUAAUAUCGAUAUGUAAGUCUGUUAUAUUGCAAAG